GGGUAGCUAGAGAGACUGGGACCGUGUACCGCCUCCUGCUGGCGGAAGCGGAAGUGACGUGCCCCUGGCGCUUGCGUCCUGGCCUGUGUUUACUGGCCGGGAAGGUCACCCACGUGGGGGUGCGGCUCAACUCGGUGUGCGGAGAUGCUGGGCGCGUUGCCGUCUCCGGGGCUCACCGGGCGGCGCUCGGUGCUGGCGGCUCUGGGGGUCGCGGCCGCCGCGCUCAGGCCCUUGCUGUGUGGCCUCCCCGGCUGCCGAGCUCCCCGGCGCGGCCUGGGCCAGGAGCCGCGGCAGCACCCGGACUCCCGGCUCCAGCUGCGGCUCCCGGAGGCGGCCGAGGCGGCGCGGCUGGUCCUGGAGAGGGCCCGGUCCUCCCCGCCGCUGCGCAGGUUCAUCGCCUGUCCCGACCUGGCCCGCGCCGUGCACGCGAGCCUGGAGUGUGGCCCGGCCCGUGGCCCCGAGCCCGUCGUCCUGGAGUGCGAGCCGGGUCCUGGAGUCUUGACCCGGACACUACUCAAUGCAGGUGCCCGAGUGGUAGCUCUGGAGAGUGACAGAGCUUUCCUUCCAGAUUUACAGUCUCUGGAGAACAGCCUACAUGGACAAUUAGAAGUUGUUUAUUGUGACUUCUUCAGAUUGGACCCUUUGGGCUGUGGAUCUAUGAAACCACCUGCUAUGUACUCUGAGAAACUUUUUGAAAAUUUGGGCAUCUUGACAGUUCCUUGGACAGCAGAUGUUCCUGUAAAAAUUAUUGGAUUCCUUCCCCAAAAAAAGGAAAGAAACACUCUUUGGAAGCUUAUCUUUGUCAUGUAUGAACGCAGUUCCAUAUACAGAUAUGGAAGAAUAGAACUGAACAUGUUUGUUAGUGAAAAAGAGUACAAGGUAUUGACUGCAAAACCAGGUGAACUAAGGAGUUAUCAAGCAUUAAGUGUGCUAUGGCAAACUGCCUGUGAAAUUCAGCUUCUCCACAUGGAACCUUGGUCUUCAUUUUUGACUAAUUCAAAAACCAGGGGACUUGCAAUACCGAAGAGCACGCUGCUGCCAAACGACCACUUAUGUUUAGUACGAAUGACCCCACAGAGGAAUUUAUUUACAGGUGGCAUGACAACCACAAAUUCAUCUACCUUUAUUCUUAUGGUAAAACAGUGUCUUGCUAAACGCAAGUCUAAACUAAUUGAUAGACUUAACUCAUGGAGUCCAGGCAGUGGGAGUAAACUGUUAAGAGAGCUAGAAAUACCGGAAAACAUUAUAACAGGCAAUUUGUACCCAGAAGAAUACAGACGCCUUUUUGAAGCUAUGGAACACUCUAAAGAAUUUAGUCAAAGCUGGCUGUAUGAUGAAGUCUUGGAAAAUAACAGGAACAUAAAUUUCUAAAUCAAAACCUGCUGGUUUUGAAACAAAUAAUUUGUUUCAGUGACUAUAUUGCGAUGCAAAUAAUAAGAAAUGGGCUCAAAAUCUUAGAAGUCCAUCAGUAAAGAUUAUGUUGUCCCCUGCACAAAUCAGAAGAUAAAAGUCGCAUGAGAUGCAACAGCCUGUCUACACAGGGAAAAAAACUGUUUAAACCAUGUGUAGGCAUGGCAGUUAACAGGUUGUUCUGUGUGCAUGGGAUUGAAGUCAAACGUUGCAUCUUCUCCAGCAGCAUAAUGGCAACUGUUGUUGCUCUUGGAAAUAUGGCAUAAAAUGUACUGCGUUUUUUGCUACUCUACUGUAUAUUUGUUAUAUUUUAAAUAGUAUGAGACCAAAUACUUGUGCAUUUUGGAUUUGGGUGUCAGAAUAUUUAAUUAUUACGAUUAACUCUUUCACAGUGCCCCAAAAUGUUUAUAUCCUUUACAAAUAUAAGACCUAUUUUCCUUCUCCGUGGCCUAAGGAAUAUAGUCUAAAAUUGACAUGAUACAAUAAUAGUUACGAACAAAGGGGUGAGGAAAAAUGGGAGAGUGGAAAACAACAGUAGAAUAAUAUGGGUACUCAGGUUAGUUAUAUGUAUUUCUUGUUUUAAUGUAUGCUCUGCAUUAUAUGUCUACUAGAGCUGGUGUGGUGGGGAGAGAGGAAUAUUCAUAGUAAUUUUUAAAAAUUGAAAUUUCAAAAUUCAGAAAACAUUGAUCACUCUUCUACAUACCCUGCCAUCCAUUCACAUGCAUAUAGUCUUUGCUAUCUUAUUUGCAUCUAAAAUUUUUCCACCAGACCUUUGAACAUUGCAUAAACUAUGAAAAUUGUCUCUUCCCCACAACCUAUGCCCUUUAUAUAAUAUGUAAAAUGUGUGUAUAUUAUAUGUAUAUAAGCACAACCCACUAAAAUUUUAUUCCUAGCCAGAGUACUUGUUUACACUCUCCUCAGCCACUAUUCUCCCUCAUUAACUAACUCUUUCCUAUUUCCCCUGUACAUUUGAUAGUGGGGCUGGUGGGGGGUGGGAGGUGUCAAGGAGUGUUCCUCUAAGUGUCCAGGUACAAGACAACAGCCUAUCUGUUAAGUAUAGGCUUGGGUAGCUCAGAUACUGGGAAGUUGUGCUGCUUCAGUCUCUGCUAAUGGAGAAGUGUGUCUUCAUUCUCCAGGAGGGAUGGUAGGAAGCACUGGCUGGGCCAUUAUCCCUGCCCUACUACUGCUGUCCCUGCUACUGGAGAUAAUCUGCGGAUAAUCUUUUGCAAUACAAGACAGAAGGACUAUUUCAUGUAAUCUCCGUUCCCUCCUACAACAUUAGCUAUGUCCUGGAGUAAUUCUUGCAUAUUGGGAUUACCUUCCCAUUCACCUUUCCUGACUCUUAGAUAUUAUAAGAAUUUGUAUUUACAAGAUGAUCACCAUUGCUGAGUUAGCAUAUAACAGGAGCAAUUUAAUUUCUACUGUAGCAGUAAUAGGUGAUAACUGAAUGUUCUUGCUGAUACAGCCAGCCAGCAAAAGAUAAUAUCGUAGCUCCUUCUGUGCAUUUUUUCUCGGGCAUCAAAUGCCUGGUUCUUAUUGCAGCAAGAUAUCUGCACUAAAUCAAGAUGCUAAAGAAUAAAGGGGAGACUGUCAUUAUAAAGUGACUGAUUUACCUGUGUUACUGAUAACACUAAAAUAUGUGAGCAGUGAAUUGGAAAAAAAAUAAUUUACUGUCACUCUUAAUGCUAUUUGUUUACAAAACAAUAAGGCAGUGCACACACUCCAGGAGUCAGUACAUGGUAUAGUGGUUGGAGCAGGGGAUUGGAAAUUAGGAGAUUUGAGUUCUGGUUCUGCUAUUAACUCUGACCUUGGGCACGUCUUAUGUAAAAUGGGGAGAAUGAUGCCUGCCUUUGUAAAGUGAGAUCCCAAAAGGUGCAAUAAGUGUAAAAUAUUGGCUUUAUAGCAGUCAACUUGGACUUAAAACUAAAAUGUCUAUAGCUUCACUUCUUUAAUCUCAUGUACUAGCCCAUUGUUGCAAUGAUCUGUUUGCAACUCAGAUGAGGUCUCAGUGCCACUCCGUUUUGGCCUAGCCACUUUUCAAACCUGAGUGGUGCUGUGACCUCGUAUGCCAGAUCACAAUGCCCACAGUGGGAAGCCAGGCCCAGUCCUGGGGAACAGAAUCUGCCGCUGCAGGGUGAAAGCAAGGCAUGCUUACUUUCCACCACCCUCACCCCCAGGCCUCCCCUCCAGAGCAGGCCUGCAACUCACAUAGAACCUUCCCACAACCCAUUGAGUAAAUGCAACAACUAAGUGUUCUUUUCUAAUUUCUUUUUUACCCAGAGUCCAUUUGGAGGGAUUGUAUAUUUAUAAAGAAGUCCUUGUUCCAUGCCAGUGUAGCGUCCUUCCAGCACUUUUAAGGCAGCACAGUAGUUGGUGCUUUUGUAUAUACUCUGGCAUAUGUGGGCCGUACUUAUCAGCUGUUCCACAACAUGAUACCAGAGGAUACAGUUGGUGAUGAUGUAAUUGAGUUAAUAAGGACAGAAACAGGAGAUGCAUCCAACACAAAGCUGGUUGUAAUUGUGUGGAAAAGAAGAGAGAGGGCUGUAGUCAUGGGACAGUCAUAUCCCAAAUCUUUAGUUUGCAAUAGUUACUUAAUCCAAACAGCAAUUAAAAAUGAUUGGUCACCUCUUGUGUAUGCCCUUCAAAAUGUAAUGAGAUGAGACUAUUGAUAGGCAUUCUAUUGGCAAGUUAAACAAUAUUUCUACUCAGAGGGCUUUAAAUAUAAUAUUGUCUGUCUUGUAAAACAAGUCUUUUGGGAUGAAAGUUGAAUGCUGAUCCAGGUACCUAGUUCUGAUUCUUUGCCAUGGAGGAGAACCAGCUUCAUGUGGAAGUCUGUCUUUGUUCCUGACCAGACUGAGGUCAGCAUGCUCAGUUAUUCGGGAGAAAAUGUAUCUGGAUUUUCAAUAGUGUCCUCUGCAGAUGACUAAGGAGCAAUAUCGAUGAGCUUAGAAAGAAGACCCAUGUACUUAGGAUAACGGUUGUGGUGUGGGAGAAGUAAAGUAGAUCAAAAUGGGGGUUAUUUCAGGGGACCCACAGAACUGCUCUGAGCAGGGGAACGGGGUGGGAAGAGGAAGUGUGAAAGAGAAUGCUUUGCAUCUCUUGUGUUGAAUUAAAAGAAAUAAUACAUUUAUGUUGUGGAAAAUGUAAGAAAGAAUGAUUCCAGAACAGACCCCGGAUUUGGCCUGACCAUUAGAAAGAAAUGUGUCUCAGCUUGCUCUCUCAACCUGCUGAGUUUGUGCCAAUUGAAACAGGCCUGCCAGUUUGCAAGGUCUGUGCUAAUUGUAGAAAAAACAUCCAGAGACAAAGAGUUUGUUCUAAAAGUAACAAGAUAACAGCUGUGCUUUAUGGCUGGUACAACUUUGUUUCCUAAACUCCA